AUGUCUGGCUGGUUCUCGUCCGCUCCGUCUUCGGCGGCGACACCUACCGAUGCCAACGCCGGUGAGGACCAUGUGAGCGACGGAUCGAAGCUCAAGACCUUUAUUGGCAUUUUGAAGAAGUUUAUCGGCGUGUCUGAUCUCGCUGCCGUUCGAUUCUCGCUGCCCUCCCAGCUUCUCGAGCCUACACCAAACCUUGAAUACUGGAACUACCUCGAUUCCCCGAGUGCUUUCGCCGCGAUUGGAACCGCCGAUGAGCCUGUAGAUCGCAUGCUCGAGGUGUUACGAUUCUGGUUCACCAAGGAUUUGAAAUAUGCCAAGGGGAAGCCGUGCAAGCCCUACAACUCUUGCUUGGGCGAGUUCUUUCGGUGUAACUGGGAAACUGAGGAUGAUGCUCCGAGAAUCGACACUUCGGCACUCAGAAAGAGUCCACCAGGGAGUAGCUCUUCUAGUAUGAAGUCUGCCAAGUCUGCCAUCCCGGCAGGGCUUGGCUCCAGCGACCCUCGGGCAGCCUCCACCGUAUCAGUCACUCAGUCGGCAGCCAACCCUACAAAGCCAGUGAGGAUUUCCUACCUGACAGAGCAGACCUCUCAUCACCCUCCCGUCAGCGCUUUCUACAUUGAUUGCCCCGAAAAGGGCCUUCAUGCCAAGGGCUUCGACCAGAUUACAGCCAAGUUCACCGGUACCUCCAUCAAGGUUAUGCCCGGCGAGCACAAUCUGGGUAUCUUCAUCACGGUGGACCGCCGAGAUCAUGAGACAUACCAGCUCACCCACCCGGCCGCUCAUCUGGGCGGUAUUCUGACGGGCGCUUUGAGCGUGAGUGUUGGUGAUAUGUGCUACAUCACAUGCCCUGAGACCAAGCUCAAGGCCAUCCUCCGAUACUAUAAUGACGGCUGGCUUGGCCGGACAACCAACAAAAUGGAGGGCAUCAUCUUCCGCUAUGAUCCUGAAAACGACAACAAGACUCAAAUCAAGGACGUACCGGUAGAGGAUAUCCUCAUUCGUCUUGGAGGCGCGUGGAAAGAAAAGAUUGUCUUUACUGUUGGAAACAAGCCUCUGGAAUCCCACCCUCCAGAGCAGCAGAUUACCAUCAUUGAUGUUGCUCCAUUGAGUGUGGCGCCAAAGGUCCUCCCGCCUGUUGAGAAGCAGCUCCCCAACGAGUCUCUUCAGCUUUGGAGUGAAGUCACCAAGGCGAUUCAUGCCAAGCAAUUUGGCAAGGCUACAACAGUCAAACAGGAGCUUGAGGAGGCCCAACGUGAGAAGGCUCGGGAGCGAGAGAAGAAGGGAGAGACCUGGACGCCGGUAUUCUUUGAGCAGGCUACUGAUAAGGCCGGUAAGCCUUCGCUCACAGAAAAGGGCAGAGAGGUGCUGAGGCGGGCCCAAGCUGGCAACUGGGACAUGGAUGGCAUUCUUGAAUGA